AUGCAUCUCUUCACCAAGAUCCUUCACGCCGGCGUCGUUUUCCACGUCGCCUUCCAGGCCGCGUCGAGCGCCAUCCUUCGUGGACGCUCCGGCGAUGUGGACGUCGCUCAGCUUGAGCCUCAUCUUUCGACCCGGGCACUCGCCGAUCAACUCGUGGACCUCGACAACCAACUGGGCCAGUUCUUGAAUACUUACAGCAACAGCCUCAAGCGACCCAGCCAAGACACGCCAGGUGACGUGGAUUCUGUGGAUGUCGUCGUCGUCAAGAGGCAGAGCAUCCAGAUCCCGCAACAGGCCGUCCAAGAUCUAUUGAAGCUCAUCAAGUCAAUCGAAACACAGCUCUCAUCCAUCCUUUCAGAGGCCGCCGGCAGUUCCCCUGGUGGCGGCGCCGGCCAGCUUCCGUCCAACACGGCAGGCAACCCGGCACCCGGUGCUUCCUCUGGCCCCAUCGCUCCGUCCCCGGUGCGGUCAGCCAGCCUGCCGGCCUCGAAUCCGCCGAUCGCCAGCCCUCCGGCUCCUAACCCACCCGCAGUCUCGAAUCCGGUGAACCCGAACCCUGUGAACACGCCGGCCGCCUCGAACCCAGUGAAGCCGAACCCCGUGAACUCCCCGGCUCCCAAUCCCCCCAAUGUAGGUCCCGUUGUCCCCAGCCCCUUUCUAACAAGCCCAGGCUCAGGUCCGCGCGACCAACUUACCACGGCCUUUGGAACGGCCACCACGACCGGUACGCGAUGCAAGACGACCCUCACUCAGACGUUUACCGCUUACGUCUAUGAAGAUGGCUCCCCGGCAGGAGCGCCGGUACUUGCGCGAGAUGCGCACUCCGAUGACGCCGAAGGCUCGAGCCCUGAUGGUCAAGGGGAGAACCCGAAGGAAGAGCCCUUCGAGGUGGAAGAGUCCCUGGGCGGCUCCCAGGCUUCUACCACGACGGGAGACGAGGAAGUGGACUUGGACGGGGACGAUUCUUUGAACGUCCUGAUGGCACGCCGUGAGUCGCGAAGGAGCCCCGACCGCUCUAUCCCGCUUCUCGAUCGUGAGGCAGACGAUGCUUUUGAGAUGAUGCACUAG